AUGAUUGGCCAGAAGACCCUUUACUCCUUCUUCUCCCCGAUCCCCGCCGGCAAGCGCAGCACCCGCAGCCCCGGGCCGGCUCACCCGGGGUCCCGCGUGGCGGCCGUAGCUGAGGAGAACGGCGAUGCGGUGGUCUGUCCCGCCAAAAAAGCCCGGGCCGGGCAGGAUGAGCCCGGUACCCCUCCGUCCUCGCCCUUGAGUCAAGAACAGCUGUUCCGGAUUCAAAAGAACAAGGCCGCGGCCCUGCUUAGACUCGCGGCCCGGGACGUGCCGGUGGGUGUUGGUGAUAGCUGGAAGAGGCAACUCAGUGGAGAGUUCGGGAAACCCUACUUUAUCAAGCUAAUGGGAUUUGUUGCAGAAGAAAGAAAACAUUACACCAUCUAUCCACCCCCAGACCAAGUCUUCACAUGGACCCAAAUGUGUGACAUAAGAGAUGUAAAGGUUGUCAUCCUGGGACAGGAUCCCUACCAUGGACCCAAACAAGCUCACGGACUGUGCUUCAGCGUCCAAAGGCCGGUUCCGCCUCCGCCCAGUUUGGAAAACAUUUAUAAAGAGCUGUCCACAGACAUAGACGGUUUCGUUCAUCCUGGCCAUGGAGAUUUGUCGGGGUGGGCCAGACAAGGCGUUCUCCUCCUCAACGCGGUCCUCACUGUCCGGGCGCAUCAGGCCAACUCCCACAAGGAGCGGGGUUGGGAGCAGUUCACUGAUGCCGUGGUGUCCUGGCUCAAUCAGAACCUGAGCGGCCUUGUUUUCUUGCUCUGGGGCUCCUAUGCUCAGAAGAAGGGCAGCGCCAUCGAUAGGAAGCGGCACCACGUCCUGCAGACGGCCCACCCCUCCCCGUUGUCGGUGUACAGAGGGUUCUUUGGAUGUAGACAUUUCUCCAAAGCCAACGAGCUGCUGCAGAAGUCAGGCAAGAAGCCCAUCGACUGGAAAGCGCUGUGACCUGCACCGAGGGCGUCUGUCUCUGCCCGGGGUGUGGAAGAGCUGCUGCUGCUGCUGCAAAGUCACCAACAGUUUCCCUGCUCCUAGAGCCAAGAGCCAGGCUGCGGGAGAGCAGCCAGACUUCCUUUCACAGUCUACCUCUGAGCCCUCCAGGAACGAUAAGGGGAAGGUCCCGACCAAGGCAGGGCUGGCUUGACCCAAAAUGAGUCCUUUCCUACCUUUAGGUUGGAGGAGGGAUCUGCAACCUUCAUAGUCGUCGUCAUAGUUGCUACUUGUUUUUUUUUUACCUGAUAGGUCAGAUGUAUAGGUUACAGGGUGUCUAGUGGCCUGUCUUUCUAGGGGCUCUUGGGCCUGUCCCUGGGAGGAAGCGCAAAGGUUCUUGGGAGAGUUUCUGGAAAUCUGGCUCAGAAAUUGGGGGAUCUGGCUCCUGAUUGUAGUAGAAGGGGCUGCCGUGAGUGUCCACAGAGGGCAGGAGCCAGUCACCGGUCUAUACCCCAGCUCUUUGAAUCAUGCAGGAAUAAAGGGGUUUUUGUUUCAAAUGAGGGUUGGGUGGGUGCUCCUGGGACUAUGCAAAGUUGGGGUUUUUACCAUGGCACAAACUGUCAAGUGCCAUAUAUAUAUAUAUAUAUGUAUAUAUAUAUAUUUACUUUUCAUAGUACAGGGGAUCCAACCUAGGAUGGUGUUUUGUUAUGGACUUGGGAUUACUUAUUUUUCUGUAACACUGGAAAAUGUCAUGUUUUUAUAAAGUGCUUAGGCAGUUGCAAAUGUCUAUAUGUAUGUAUAUAUAUGUAUGUGUGUGUGUGUGUAUAUAUGUACAUAUGCAUAUAUAUAUAUAUAUAUGCAUAUAUAUUAUAUAUUUUAUAUAUAUAUAUAAUAUAUGCACACAGUUGUCUUGAAGUGAGUAUCUCUGGGUUUGUACCUCCAUCCUGGCUCUCAGUGGAGUGCGUGGAAGAAUUACCCCCUGCCUGGGUUCGAUAAUAAAACAUUGUUGAGGUUUUGGCUUUUUA